UUUUUUUUUCAGUCACGUGACCGCCGUGAUUGACGAGCCCAGACUGCGCAGACCGGCGCAGACGAUCUCCCGCUCAGCGCAGUUCAUUUAAAUUGGAGUAAUUUUAAGACUUUCAGUGAUCGCCGACAUUGGAUUUAGUAGGAGCGUAUAACUGCUCGAUAGUCGUGAAUCCUGCCUAGUUCUCUGCAGCCAGCGCUUGACUCGCCUUUGUUGGACACUGCGAAGCGCAAGACAUCGACGGCAAGAUAGUAGCCGAAUUUCUCGUUAUCGGCGAGCAUCAUGUUGGCGAACACGGUACGUUGCGGGAAACGAUCGAUCUACGUCGAGCCGCACAACUUUAUAUGUGGGAAGAAAGCGGCGACAUCGGAGAGCGCGGGAGAUUUCCAUGUCUACGAGCCAGCGACAGGCAAGUCACUGUGCAUGAUAUCGUCUGCCGGGCCAAAGGAUGUGCACAAUGCAGUGUCAGCAGCAAAGUACGCCUUCCAAAGGUGGUCCCAGCUUUCUCACGGUGAACGAGGGAAGCAUCUCCUGGCAGUUGCGCAGAAGGUUCGGGAGAGGCAGAAGCAGAUAUCGGACAUGGAGAUGAUAGACACCGGCAAGCCAAUCUGGGAGGCUGUGGCAGACAUCAGCGGCUGCGCCGAUGUCCUCGAAUACUACGGCGGAAUCGCCGCCUCCAUCAAAGGCCAGCACUUUGACCUCCCGGGAGGCAGCUUCGCCACUGUGCGCCGCGAACCCCUUGGGGUCGUGGCAGCCAUCGGGGCCUGGAACUACCCGUUCCAGGUCAUGUCCUGGAAGAUGGGCCCGGCCCUGGUGUGCGGCAACACCCUGGUGUUCAAGCCCUCGCCGCUCACUCCCUUCUCGGCCAUCUUGCUCGCCGAGGCCUGCAGGGACGCUGGGGUGCCGGACGGUGUCGUGAACGUCGUCCAGGGCGAGGGUAGAACGGGCGAGCUGCUUUGCAAGCACCCAGACGUGGCCAAGGUGAGCUUCACCGGCAGCGUGGCCACGGGGCAGCGCAUCGCCAAGCUCUGCGUUGACUCCAUGAAGCACGUCACCCUCGAGCUGGGUGGGAAGUCCCCUCUGGUCAUCUUCAAGGACACCCCCGUGGCAGAGGCCGUCAAGGCCACCCUCAUCGGAAACUUUCUCACCCAGGGCGAGGUGUGCAGCAACUGCACGAGGGUGUACGUGGAGAAGCCCCUGAUGGAGGAGUUCCUGGACCACCUAGUGAGAGCCACCAGGAAGCUGAAGGUGGGCAACCCCGCCGACCCGGACACGAUGGUGGGAGCGACCAUCAGCCCUGAGCACGCUGCCAGGGUACUGCAGUACGUGGAAGAAGCCAAGAAAGAGGGCGCCAAAGUGCUGUGUGGCGGCGAGAGAGUGACCCUCGACGACCCAAACCUCCACGGGGGCUUCUACCUGAGCCCCUGCGUGGUGACGGAGUGCACGGACACCAUGAAGUUGGUGCAGGAGGAGAUCUUUGGUGCCGUGGUUGCCGUGCUGCCCUUCGACACUGAGGAAGAGGCCGUCAGCCGGGCUAACAACUCCCCCUUUGGUCUGGCAGCCGGGGUCAUGACCAAGGACCUGAGGAGAGCCCACCGGGUGGCAUCGAGGCUGCAGGCAGGCAUGGUGUGGAUCAACAACUACAACGUCUUCCCUCCGGAAGUGCCCUUUGGGGGCUACAAGAUGUCCGGCUUUGGCCGAGAGAAUGGCCUGGCUGCCCUGCACAGCUAUUCCCAGGAGAAGACGGUCUACGUCGAGAUGGGAGAUGCCAUAGACUGCCCCCUCUACAAGCUUUGAGAUUAAGGGGAAUCCCCGUGCUUUGUUUCCCAGGCAUUGCUGGAGCUCCCCUCCACCGGCUUCCAGAUCUCUGGUCAUUCCGUCCCUCAGGAAAAUACUGCCCCGUGGAAGUUCCGUCUGCACUGUUUAACCUAGUCGUCAUUGUUUCUUUUAACUGUAGUCUGUAGCACCAUAAGACAUCUGCAGUAGCAGCUGUGCCUCCAAUGCAAGACGCCAAAGCAUUAUCAAAGAUAAGAAGCUUGCGUUGGAAUUGGGACAACUGAAGAACCCCCCGGCUGUUCUUAUCCUCUCGGUGACCUUCUGUAACACCUUGGCAUCCUCCGAGCAUGUACGGGCUUAGGAAGACUAAAGUCAACUAGCACAUGUCGCAGGUGAAGCUUAUCCUGCCAAUCUUAGGUGGCCAAAGACUAUCUGCUCAUUGUUGCCACACCGUGUGUAUCGCAGCGAAAGCUUAUUUUUGUAUUGUGUCGUAAUUGAGUAAGAGGCAGCUUUUAUGAUUGAAGCAUGUGCUAAAAAUGUUUUUAAGGACAGGAUGUAAGAGUGCAAGUGAGCUGGUGUGUACUGAACAUUUUGAAGCAAUCCAAGACUGAGGAACACGAAAGAUGACGCCAAGAGAACCUUUCCUAUUCCUCAGCCUCGGGUUACUUCAAAAUGUUAAAUAUUUUUAAGAGCUGUUCAUUAAAUGUGUGAGUUGUGUUGCUGUUAUGAGAAAGGUAUCCGAGUUUUAAGCUCAAAGUAUACAUGUUUGCAAGUACAGCCUCAGGGCGCCGUCGUAUUACUCAAUUGGGGUGCACUUUGGAGCGUCAUAAUCAGAUUACGAUGCCUUGCUAAGGCGUCAAAUCGGAUUACGACGCGCCAAAGCGCACCCCAAGUGAACAAGAUGGCAGCGUCCUGAUGCCGUACUUGCAAAAGUGUAUAGAGAGAGCAAGUUGGAAAAACUUUUCAUAUGAAGUCCGAAAUGUUCUUUAUAAUGUUGAUGAGCUUGCAAGUAAAAUAUUUUGUUGCAUUCCUGUUUGAUCCCAGUCAAUUUGUACACAUGAUCUCUAAAUCGUUUCGUCCCCAAACUAUUUACAGCCCAUGUUAGCUCUUCCUUGAACAUUACUAUAACAACCGAGCAAAACCAUUACUGGAUUUUGGGCUAUGUAUUCAACCAACUUAAUUGUAAGCGAAUGAGUUUUAAGGCACCCGAAACUUCCUCUCAAAAAAGCUGUCAUCUGGAUGAUAGUCGUAGAACAGCAGUACAAGGCUGGGUCUGCAACACGCAAGUAAUUCUGAUUAAUUAAAUAUGAGCGAUAUGA